ACUCACACAAAGGCUCUGCUUGCACCAUCCGUGAGCGAUGCUCUAGAAAACAGUGGGACCAUGAAGGGCUUAGGAGACAACAGAAGCCGCCACCUCUCUGAUAACCUGGACUCCCCUCAAGACUCUCUUUAUGCCCCCCAGGACAGGAACCCAUAUCUCCUCAGCCCCACUGACUCCUUCACCAUGGAACCUCGAUUCCCAGCCCAGAACACCCUCCAUGGUGACUGUCUCCUUCCACUCAACAACCAGAUCUCCAAUAGCAGCACUUUCCCCCGCAUCCAUUACAACUCCCACUUUGAGGUCCCAGAUGAGAGCCCUUUUCCAAGCCAUGCCCAAGCCACCAAAAUCAACCGCUUGCCUGCAAACCUCCUUGACCAGUUUGAGAAACAGCUGCCCAUCCACAGAGAUGGCUUCAGCACCCUCCAGUUUCAGAGGAGCGAUGCAAAACACCGGAGUGAAAGCCCUGGGCGGAUCCGGCACCUUGUCCACUCCGUCCAGAAACUAUUUGCCAAGUCCCAGUCUCUGGAGGGCCCCACCAAAGGCAAUGUGAACGGUAAGAAAGGGGCUGAUGACCCCAAGCAGAACCGAAGGAGCAAGAGCAAAGACCGAGUAAAGACUUCCGAGCCCAAGCGCAGGACCAGAUCCAACAUAUCAGGCUGGUGGAGCUCAGACGACAACUUAGACAGUGACACCUGCAGCUACCGCAACCCAAUGGGCCUCAUGACACUGGGCCGGCAGCCGGACCACAGCCAGCCGAAGUACUUCAUGCAUGCUUACAACACCAUCAGCGAGCACAUGCUGAAAUCCUCCAAGAGCAAUAACGACCUCAAGGUCACCCCUUGCACCAAUAUCCCCAUUAACAAUGACUCCAACUACAUUAAGAGGGGCUCCUGGUCCACGCUGACACUCAGCCACGCUCGGGAAGUGUGCCAGAAGGCCUCAGCCACAAUCGACAAAGCCUUGCUGAAAUCCAAGUCCUGCCAUCAAGACUUGGCCUACCACUACCUGCAGCCUGACGGAGGGCUGUGGGCACAGCUGGGUGGCGUGAGCCCGGCCAGCAGCUGGGCAGCCCCACCGCUCGGCUGGGAGGACACGGGUGCCGCCCCACUGCCGCCGAGCGAGCCCCCACGGAGGUGGGACCAGCCCCUGAGCCCCGGGCCGACCGACGCAGGCAGCGGCCAGGUGCCUCAGGGGGAGUGGAACAACACGCUGUCUCGGGACAAAGACAGUGAGAUCCCAUGCCGGCGCAUGCGGAGCGGGAGUUACAUCAAAGCCAUGGGGGAUGAUGAUAGUGAAGACUCAGAAAGCAGCCCCAAACCAUCCCCAAAAACUGCAGCUCGGAGGCAGAGUUACCUCAAGGCCACCCAACAGUCCCUGAGUGAGCAGAGCACCACCCAAAGGAGCCUGGACCGCCUGGACUCUGUCGAGAUCCUCCUACCUCCAAAGUUCCCAACCUGGGAGGAAGAAUACAACCAGAUCUCCGACAGUGUCAAUGACUCCAGUUGCAUCAACCAGAUCUUUGGACCCCCCUCACUUAUCCCUCAGAUAUUUACCCAUGGAGAGCAGGCGAGAGAGCCGGAGCUGGGGGAGCAGUACGAGGCGGUCUGUGACUCUACCUACAGCGAGGCCGAGUCAGCGGCCGCCGAGGUGCUGGACCUGCCCCUGCCCAGUUACUUCCGCUCCCGGAGCCACAGCUACCUCCGAGCCAUCCAAGCGGGCUGCUCCCAGGAUGAGGACACCAGCUCUGUCCGCUCCAUCUCCCCCCCGCCAGCAGGCAGCCUCAGCGGCAGCAGGACCCUGCCCACCAACAGUUUCUGUGGGGGAGCGUCUCUGACCUUGCUCUGGUCGGUGGGCAAGGAUGCUGCCAGGAUGGCUGAGUUGAAGUCUCUGGAUAUGGGUGCUGAAACAGCUGAUGGGCUCUGGUUGCAGAUUUAG